CUCACACACACACACACACUCUCUCUCUCCCUCACACACACACGCACACAAACGCAGUCACUCACACUCACACAUGCGCGAGGCUCUGUUGGAUUUGAGCGCGUCACUUACCAGAGGGCUCUGCUUUCAGUCUGAACAGCAGAGGAGCGCACAGAAGAGGAGACAAGAGGAGAAGAGCAGAAAAGGACUACAGGACAGGACAGAAAAGGAGAAGAAGAAGAAGAAGAAAAAAACAACAAGAAAAAAAGAGUGAGAAGAAGAAAAAAGAAAGGGAGGACAAAAGAGAGAGAGGAGGGCACGGACACGGCACUUCUCCACAGAGAGGCGGGCGACACUCCAGAGGUUGGCACGGCUUCCCUGGGACACUCGGGAGGAGAGGAGUGCAGCGCUCAGACGUGCGCCCCGGGAUUGCAGCGACAACAAACUCAAGGAGGCAACGGGGUACUCCGCCAUCUAAACAUGAGCCCGUCAUGGUGCCUUGCUCUGGCUGUGGCCCUUCUGUGUGGCCCUCUGGGCCCUCUGCCCUCAGCAGCGCUGGCCCCUGAGAACGAGGUGCCCCUCCGGCCAACCACCUGGCUCCUGGAGGACAAGGUCACUCCCAUCCAUCUGCCCAAAGGGAAGACGAGGAGGUUCUACUUCACUCUGAAAAAGAAAACCCCUUCCAUGUCCCUGACUGUAAGCCCCUGCGGUACCCCCAUCGAGUGGACUCUGGCUGCCCGGACCCUGAAGGACAAGCCGCCCAAAAACCUGCACUGGAGUUCAAAAAAGAGCAUGCCUGAGGUAUGGUGGAGAGGCCCUGGAACUGAAGCGAAAAUCCAUACCUACACUGGCAACUCGGCAGACACCUACAUGGGUCCUGCCUAUGCACCGGCGUCCAUCUACAUUCUGAGGCUAAAGUCGCAAGAGCAGGACACCAGCGCCUCUGUCUACCUGCAUGAGGGACCCGGGUCGUCGGGGGCCUUCCCCAAACUUCCAUCCGACCCAAGAGUCCACACGCUCGGGGUGGGACUCACCAGCGUCAGCCUGAGCUGGAACCCCAGCGCUUCGGUGACCCAGCCGAGCCACUCGGUCAAGCACCUGUACGACUACUGCGUCCUGGUCAACCACAACCACAACUACCGAAGCCUCUGCGCCGCACGCGAGGGCAUCAAGAAGGAGAGGGAGAGGGACUGGAAGCGGGAGAAGAAAGACAAGCAGCGGAAGGAGACGGCGUGGCCGGUGCUCAAAGACUGGUGGUGGCAGCAGUGGGAUGCCACGGGGGAAAUCCAACCGUCCACUUCUGGCGUUUCCGACGACGUCGGUCAGCUCAGCUGCGUCUGCCGCGGCGUCGAGAGCGUGUGCACCGUCUCCGAGCUGCUGCCCGACACGCAGUACUACUUUGACGUCUUCGUGAUCGACAGGCUCAACGGCACGAGCGCGGCCUACACCGGCACCUUCACCCACACCCACGAGCAGGCUCAGCCGGCCGUGAUCGCGCUGAAGGAGGGCGAGCCACGCGUGGUCGCGCUGCAGGACGGACGAGGUGGCAGCAGCAGCGGCGGCGGUAGUGCCGGCGGCAGACAGCAGGGGGCGACGGUGUUCAGCUUCCGGCCCCGCGGCUGGCAGCAGAACGGCCUGCUGACGCUCCAGAGCUGCAACGGCACCCAGAAGACCAGGGUGGUGGUGACCGGCCGAGGGAAGGUGCUCUCCACCCAGGAGGUGGGCGAGCAGCUGGCUCAGCUGUGGCUCCAGGGAGCCCCCUCGUACGUCAUCAGGCUGGAGAGCAUGGAGGCUUCCGCCGCGUCCAGCCGGGCGAGCGCGGCGAGCAGCUCCAGGGUCGCGGUCAAGGUCCAGGCGUCGUCGGCGUACCACCGGCAGGCUGCCCCCGUCCUCCCGGCCACCCUCCAGAUGAAGUCCUUCAACAAGCUGCGCAGCUGCAACUCCAUCACCCUGGCCUGGAUGGGCACGGAGGAGAGGAGCCUGUACUGCGUCUACCGCCGGCGCCUUUCAGACGACGUCGACGGCGGGAAGGAGCGGAACUCCGACCGCUGCCUGGGGCCCGAGACGAGGCCCGACUCCGAGAGGGUCCUGUGCAAAUAUUUCCAGGAGCUGAACCCACGACGGGCCGUCACCACAGCCGUGAUCGGAGGCCUAGAACCCGGAACCUCCUACUUGCUUGACGUUUAUCUCGUGAGACGUUGGGGGAUCCCAAUCAAAUACCAUAGCAAGACAGUGCGAACAAGGCGAGAGUGCUAAGCAACCCGCCAUGACCACUCUCACCUCUUCCUGUCAGUAGCUAUAGAGACUCAUUGCAGAGAAAUGAUUGACAGAGACUUUGUCAUGAUUUAAGCCAUUCUUUAAAAAAAAAAAAAAAAAAAGACAAGAGAGAGAGACCGGGGGGAUUGUUCUAUGCCACAAUAUUGGUCACACCAGACCACAGUGCAGUGAAUUAAAAACUGCGACGAAAUCAAACCUCACACCAGCAAAAAUGCAUCUACAUUACUGAAACCCGCUGUGCUCCUCUCGCUUUGGUCGUUGUUGUUCAUAAUGAUUCUG